AGGAGGUCAGAUGUGUUGAGGAGUCAUGGAGAACACAUGCGGCCGCUACCUGUUCCUCUUCCUUCUCUCUCUCUCCACCAGCCAACCACAGCCUGUUGAGGCCUCCAGAGAACGAAUCAGAUUGAUCAAAACUUCUUCGGCUGAGAUUUCUUUCGAAAAUCGUUCGGAUUCAGACAGGUCAGACCUUGAUGCUGGUUGCAAAUACUUUGCCAUCGCAAGGAAUGAGUUUGAUGUAUCAAUGUUUUCAGACAUUUGUAGAGACAAGGAAGGAGAUGAUCAUUGCUGGGUCGGUCUCAGAAAGAGGGGAAACAAUGUUUGGAAGUGGUUGUACCAUAAUAAAAUUAACACCCUGCCUGUCUUGGACUGGGCCGACAAUAACAAGGACAAUCUCGGCUGCGGUACGAUACAGGGCAACAAUCUGCACGACUACAAGUGUGACGAAUCGUUAAAAGCUCUUUGUCAAGACAGAAAACUGCGGUUGGUGACGGAGGAGAAGACGUGGGAGGAGGCUCUAAAACACUGCAGGGCUAUUCGUUCCAAUAUAGAUCUCCUCAGCUUUCACGACAAAGACGAACUAUCCUUUACCCAGCAAGAGUUGGCCUGGACCCAGACGGAGGAGGUGUGGAUUGGCCUGCGCUGGCUGGCAGGCCGCUGGCUGUGGAUUGACCGGAAUGCUGGUGACAAUGUUUCCUUGCCCGCCGAGUGUCCCGCCAACAGGACCCACUGUGGGACUCUGUCUGAGAAAGGCCUGCAUGCAAGGAACUGUAUGGAGAAGAGGAGAUUCUUCUGUCUGUAUCAGGCUUGACGUUGGUGAUCAUGGCGACCUGAACAGAUUACUUAGUUACUUUAGGGAUUCAACCGCAUAGCUCAAAAUGUUGAAAGGUUUUGUCGUCAUAGAUUGUAGCACCGUCUUCAACAUAGUCAAGGUGUUUAAAUGUUGCCUGCAACCGUUUAUACAGGAUUAUAGUGACAGUAACAUGUGUAUCUAAUGUAAAGAUAAUAUGACUAUAGUCAAAGUAAAAUUACUUACUCACGCGUCUGUAAAGGAUCUAUUGUAAAGAUGACACGAUUAUAGUCAAAGUAAAAAUAAUAAUUAACAUGUAUGUAAAGUGAUUCAACAACAUGGCAAAAAUGUUGAAAGGUGUUGUUCUCAUAGAUUGUAGCACCGUCUUAAACAUCCUCAAGGCUAAGUUUGUAGGUCAUCAAUACAAAUUUAGUCGUUGUGUGUAAAUGUUGCAUGCAACCGUUUAAACAAGAUCAUAGAGAUUAAAGUUUGGGUAUGGAAUUCUA